ACGUCUGUACGUUUAGAUUACUUUAGUUUCCUUUGUUAUGAUGUUUUGAAAAUUGAACAAGAUGGAGUUUUCAAGUCCACUUAAUAGUGAACCAAGUUUUGCAGUUGUGACACAAAAUAUGGGGGAGCAAGAUAUUACCUUAAACACCUCAAACACACCAGAACCAGUUCUUGCAUCUACGGCACAUAGAGAAAAAGUCGAUAGAGACAUUCUAGGAAGAAUUCAGAAUCUCUCUGAAAUGGCUGGUUCAUAUAUGGAAGUUGGUGCAAGUGACAGAAGUAAAUCCGAUGGAGAAAAAAGUUUUCAGUUUCUGGAUUUUUUAAAACAUUCCAGUCAAUCAAAUAGUUCUGGCUCUGGAAGAUCAUUUUCUCCUAAACCUUCGAAUAAUGCUCCUGUUGCAAGCAAUGAGGAAUCAUCAUUGAGUAUCAUUGAUUUUGAAGCAAUGCCUGACCCAGGAAGUUUGGUUCAUGUUGAUAGCAACAUCAGCCUAGGAAGUUGGUUGGAAGACGUAAUGCCUGAAAAAUGUCAGGACCAAUCUAAACGACCUGAUAGCAGGAGUCCAAAUAUACAUUUUGAUAAUGAAAAUUCUGCUGAUGUAACAACUGGUGAAAAAAUAUCCAGUGCGGAACAAUCAAGGCUAGCAUCUCGUUAUUUAAUGAGUGAAUCUCAACUUGUUCGAAUGGAGGAUUAUUCUGACAGCACUUUCGGAACACCGUAUCGAUCACAUGGGAAAUCUUUGAGGGAUGUACCUGAUAAUGAUGGCACUUUUGCUUCGCAAGAGAACAUUCCAGCAAAAGAUAUUAGCAAUGAAGAUUUUCACAUCGGCCAGGCUGAAUUUAAUUUUGGGGGAGAUGAGGAAGAUAAUGUAGAAAAUGUUCUAGACUUUUCUGGAGGAGAAUUUCAAGAUGUUCUUCAUUUACAACAAGAAUUUUUUGGAUCAGAAAAUUUUAAUGAAAAUGUGGCUGAAAUUUUGGACAAAGAGGAGGAAAUUUUUGAGGAGGAACAUAAAUUAAUGAUGAAUUCUGCAGAUGAAAUCGGAGAUUUUACUGGAAGUGGAUUUACUACUGUUGGGGAAUCUCAAAUUCUUGAUUUUGAACCUAAAUUAUCAAUUGGUGAAUACAUGGCAGCAAGGUCUGGAAAAAUGGGCAAGUUGGGUGAAAGUCAGGUUUCUGUUGAAAGACCAAGCUUCGGAAUGAAGAUUAGGACGCCUUCUCCACGUAAACCUUAUCCUUUGCAAAGAUCAGAGAUUGCUGAAGAUACUUAUAUAAGGGAUGAUCAGGAAAAGGCAGAACCUAACAAAGAAUCACAAAAUGAAUAUCAUGAUAAUACAAUUACAGAGGAAAAUCACUCCAGAGAUAUGAAAUCAAUGGAACCACAGAAUAAAUUUGUAACUCCAGAUGAAAAUGAUAAUGAUGAAACUGGGCAAGAUACGACACUUGAACCAUCCAUGCUCAGUUUAUCGGAAGCAAUCAUGAAUAUGUCAACGAGUGUCAAUAAUGAAGAACUCGCUCGUGCUAUCAUUGAAAUUUCAAAAAAGAAAAAACAGGAAAAGAUGAUGAAAGCUGAAAAGAAAAGGCAAUCUUGUCAAGAAGAAAAGAUUGAUGGUCAACCUAGAGAAAAAAGGUCUUCAAGAAAGGAAUCUGAAAUAACAGGAGAUCCAAGGCAAAGGAGAAGCAGUAAAAUACCGCAGAGCACACAGAAAACGAGCCCGCCAAAACCAGUGAGAAUGAGCUACCAAAAGAAACACGAAUCCGCUUCUAUACAAAACUACAACCUGCAAAGGAAACAACAGUCUUUGCCUCUAAUCGCUAGUAAUCCUGAAAUGAAACAAACUGCUCCUCAACGAACCAGCAGCCCUAAUUUUUCUUCGGAAUUACCUGCUAUGAAAACAACAUUAAAAUCGAAACCGGCACCUCAAAAUGGAAAGCAAAAAAAGCUGCCAGCGAGUAAUAAGUCAACAAAAGAUGGCUCGAAAUCGCCACUGCGUUCUGUAGAAAAUGUUACCACGUUUGGACAACAAAAAUCAAAAGUUUUACCUCCUAAAACAAAGGACUGUAUUUCAACUGAAAGUCAGGAUCCGUUCAAGCAGAAAAUUUCAAGUGAUAUCAUUUUGAAGCCCAGCUUGGGACAUUCGGAGAUGACUGAGAACGUUAAAGUUGGAUUUAUAACACCAUCGACUGAAUUUGAAAAACCUAACAACUGGAAUCCUUUGAUGCAAGAAUCCUUUAUGCAAGAUACACCAGAACAUGAUGAAGUUGUUGAGAAAUCAGCUUCAGAACAAGAAGAGUUACCAACGUUCAAUAACGGUCAAGAUUCUGUUUGUUUUCCUGAUGAAAUAAGCAGUAAAUAUUUACUGUCAUCCACAAGAACUGAUUUAUCAUUGACAAGAGGUUCUCUGAGUAGAGAAAGUAUUGAAGAACUACACAAAAAACUGAGAGUACGUGGACCAAGAGCAACAAGAGCACCUGACACAGAUACCAAAAAAAUUUUGUCAGAAGAAUCGGCGAAGAAACCUGAAGUUGAGAUGGAAAACAAGCCUACUUAUGAUAAACAUAUUGAAGAAUCUGCUGCAGAAAAAAAACUACAAAAGGAUACAACAUGGAAAACUUGUGAUGACAAGUCCAGAGAAUCACUACAACCAUUAUCACAGUCUUCACCUGACUGGAAAUCAUGCAGUCGAUAUUCAGGAGAAUUUCAACAAAUGUUGCCGUCAAUGAGUUUCUCAGAAAUGGCAACAAUUCAGGAACAUCAGUUCGAUCACAAAGAUUUAGAAGAAGACAAAAUAGAGGAAGAAAAAAUCCCAAUACAUAAACUCGACGUAAUAAAAGAGGAAGCAGAAACAACUCAAAAUACAACACUCAGUGGACAAUCGACAGCGAGUGGUGACUCUCAACUCACAUCAGAGUUAAUUCAAGAACAACUCACUAACUCGUCACAACAUUCGCUACCCACACAUGUACCGAUGAUGCACCAUCACUCGCAGCAUGUGUAUCCUUCACACAUGUCACAUGUGAUGUAUCGACAUCCAUCUGCAAUGUCAUCUGCAGCUUCCUUGCCUGGUCCUUAUCUUGGUGAUGUUCAUUAUCGCCAUGUGGACGGACAAUACCAAUUACCGCCCGAAUAUAUGACCCGUGGGGCACCACAAGUUUUUCCUCACCCUUAUGGUACCUACCCCAUGCCUUCUACUUAUGUGUCUCACCCUAUGUUACAUUCUACAACCACUCCAAUGGGUUACCCACCUGAGCAACCUAGCAUGGCUUCUAGUGCGGAAAUGGGACUUAACCACACAACUACUACCAUGUAUCACCAACAUGGUACCAAUUACCAACACUCUGGUAUAGUGCAUGCACCUCGUGCUGCUACCAUAGAUGGAAGAUUCCCAUCCAUGCCAGAAAGCUAUUAUCAUCAACACCGACCGUUAGAAGCUCCAAUAUCAGCACCACCUGAGUUGGUAUUUCCUGGGGUGCGUUGUGUAAAUCUAUUGUCUCAUGCAAAGCUGCCUCUCACAAAUAAAACUGAUCGUUGGAUACAGAUUGAAUUGAAUAUUGUGUCUCCUGCUAUCGAUUGUUGUUUUUUGCUUGAUGCUAAACCGUUAGUUGGACCACAUGAUACUAAAAAUAUUGAAGUAUCGUUCUCACCAAAGAAAGAAGGAAGAUUUGAAGCUUUACUAGAGGUGAUUAGUUAUCCUGUCACAUCGGAAGGAUCUAUGCUUCAAAGCUCAAGAUCAGCCCCAAGCAUGGUCUGCCUGAAAGCUGUGGCAGAAAUUGCCAGUGCUGAAUUGAAAGGACCAGACAAUGAACAUGAGCUCAAUUUUGGAGAAACUUUAUGCGAUUCUGCCAAAUAUCUUCCACUGAGAAUAUUGAACAAAGGAUCUGCUGAAAUACCAGUUUGUGUCGUUCUUUGUUCAAAAUCUCAAGAUAGAAAAUGUUUCGCAAUAUCAGAUUCAUCAAGUAUAGAAUGGACAGAGCAAGAAAAACGGCCCCAGUCAAUAUUGAGAACCAUUGUCGCAGCAGGUGAAAGACCAACAACAGUUUGGGUGCAUUGUAAAAUUCCACCUAAAUACUGUGAUGGAGCUGAACCACCGAAAAAUAUAUCUGCUCAAGUAUAUAUGGAGAUUGAUAACAGUCAAAAACAAUCAUUGGAUACUAAUGUACUGGACUCAAUAUCUGUUGAAGUUACAGCAUGUAUUGCUAAACUCCAUGCUCCUAAGAACAUGCAACCUUUAACCUUCUCAUGUUCGCGAGAAAAUGCUCAGACCCGUACUCUACCUGUCAAAAAUUGUGGAAAUGUCUCGACACGAGUAUCAUUUUCUGUACUUGAUCAUGAGGAUAUUCUGAGUGUUACUCCACUUCAUGCGUUAUUAGCUGCUGGAGAACAUGUUCAAGUUUCAGUUCAAUUCAAACCAGGUCGUUUCACUCCAAACAAAGUCAAUUCAACUUUUUUAAUGAAGAUUGAACCAAAUGGAACAAAAUAUGAAGUAUCCAUUGUUGCAACUUGUUCUGAAUCUAGCAGCAGAUCUAUGUCACGACAGUCUUUUCCCGAAACACAAACUUCUCAAAUGGGAGACAUGCCAACGCUACUGACAAACAAGUCUCAUAUAUGUUGGGGUGGUGUAGCAGUUGGUCGAUCACUCCAGCAGAGAGUUGUGCUAAGAACGAGUCCUGGAGCACAAAAAUCACUACCUAUGCGGGUCAUGAUAAAAGGAGAAGACGCAUCUUGUUUUCAGAUUUUGAGAGAAGAUGAUAAAGAGAGAGAAGAACUUUGUUCAAAACAAGAAAUGGUUAUGAGAGGAGGACAAGAUAAAAUUAUUAAAAUACUGUUUGGACCGACAAGGUGCAGGAUGGCUCUGGCUAAAUUAGAAAUUAAGGCACCUGUGGAUCAAGUCUCUUCAACCAAGUUCACGAUUCCCUUGAGUGGUUACGGAGGUCGAAGUGAAAUAAAAAUUGAAGAUCUUGAAGUUAUACCAAAAGAAGAUGAUUCAAAUACAGACUUUUUUGCCAUUUAUUCCGAUGACAAUGAUUCAAGAAGACAAACGAAAUUCACUGUUACAAAUAACUCAUCAAGAGAUGCGUUCAUAAAAACUGUGCUUUAUAGUGACCAAAAUUGCCAAAUUCCUCAUCAAGACAACGUUGCUAGUUGUUCUCCAUCACAAUUUGUAUUACCGAAACGUUCUUCUCGUACAAUGAAUUUAUCAUUUCCAACAUCAUCUGAUAAAAGAUCUGGAUAUUCUAGAAAUGGACGAGAUUUGAUUUGCUGUGUUUGCCUAUGGCAUGGUGAUGAAAUUGCGAGACAUUUAUUGAAGAGUGCAUUAUCAAAACUAGGACCUUCUGCUGUGAAUAAGAGUUUGUCAGAAAGUAAUCCGUUGAGAGGAAUAUCGUUUGAUGGAAUUUUUGAAGGCGAAGGUUCAAAUAAAAGUGAAGAAGAUUUAUCACAAGUUAAACCGCAACUCGGUGAUGUUCAAGUGUUUUAUACCGGAAUAAAGAAAAGCAUUAUUCAAGUAUUUGGACCCCGUACCAACAAACCAUUACUUGAAAUGGUUGAACCUGGUAAGAAAUCGUCUGCUGCAUCUGAUGGCCACAAACCAAUCAGAGAUAUGAGAACUAAUACUACACAAUCACAUCAACAUUAUAAAAGAACAAAUAAUCAGGAUGAAGAUCAAAACGAAUCCUGGUUACUUUCACCUGAUCAUGUAGUUUUAUCAGCACCAAGAUUAAACAAACACACCGAGCCAAGUAAAAUCAAAAUAAUAAACAGAUCGGGGUCGUCACUGAGAUUUGAUGUCGCUUGGUCUGGUCAUUACUUGACCAUCACACCACAUAGUGGACAAGUGGACCCAGAAUCUGUCCUUAUUAUGCUCCUGAGUGCCAAUCCCUCUUUGGCCUCUCGGCGUGAUCUUCUUCCUUGGGUAGGUACUGUACAAGUCUCCACUCAAGAUGGACGUGGCACAAAACAACUUCGUGUCCAGAUACGAGAUGACGUGGCAUCGCUUGAUGCCUCGGUUCAACCUGCAACUCCGGUGCCGCGGCUUCCUCUCAAGGCUCAAUACAGUGAAAUACCAUCAGCAGACUCUUUUGCUACUCCUAUGGCUGCAUCUGGACAAAGUAGAGUGUCGUCAUCUUCUAAAGAUACUGGAUCUAAUAAAAUUUUAUUGGAUUCGUGUAUUGUUGAUUUUGGCCAAACGACGAUGAGAUCUAGCACCAAAUCAAAUUUAGAAUUCACAAAUGUUUGUCCAGGCAAUAUCCGAUGGUUAUUGACAUCAUUUGCUCCAGCAUAUGUAAAAGAUAUUGAACCAACAGGUGAUCUAUAUAGAUCAACAUAUGCUGCUUUUGUAUUCUCUCAUACUUCUGGUUUACUUGAACCUGGUGCUAAAGUACGAAUACCUGUGACAUUUAACCCUAUGAGUGAAGGAAAUUAUUCACAAUUCUGGGACCUUGAGCAUCAUGAAGCUGCAGAUUCUGCUGCAUUGUCGUUAAAUAAAGUACGAAUACAAGUUGUUGGACAAGGAAUAAAAUCGAUGAAACCUGUAAUGCAAAGUCAAAAUAUAAACAAAACAAAAGAAGGAAACGGAAUUUAUGUCUCUGAAGAUCAAGUGAAAUUUUCAGAUGUUCCUGUAAAUGAAUCAUCUGUGUUGAAGAUUCCGGUGAAAAAUAGGAGCAAGGAGUCUCACAAUGUUAAAUUCAUCAAUGUUCGACCUCCAUUUCACAUCACACAUCAGCGACAUACUAUCAGGCCGAUGUCAUAUGCUUGUCUGCCAGUCACCUUCAAACCAACUGCAAAGGGAGAGUUUGAGGGAACUCUUGUCAUUCAAACUGAAACAAAUUUCAAUCUUUCUGUGAAGUUGCUAGGACGUGGAAUCUAAUCUUUGCUUGAUCAUCAAUUACAAAACAUGAUUUAGGCAAAAUUGGAAUUUUAUUUUCAAUUGGAACUGUGUGGAGGUGGAUUUUUGAAGACUCUGUUGUUUAAAAAUGGUAUCGAAUGUUUCUAUAUUGUGUAUGGAAUAUUUUAAACCACUAUGAUGAUUGCAAAAGAAACAAGUACCGUUAUAAGUACUGCCUAAUUGAUUAACAUUGAGACAUUCUUGGUCUCUUUAAAGUAUGUAACAAAAAACUUGAUUCCAGGACUCUUGCUUAGACAAUGAGUUUCGCAUCUUUGAAUUUAUUAUGAAAUAUCAUAUAGACAUAGCUCUAAGCUGUACUAUAAAGCACUGAGCUCUGUCAUUAAUGGUACUUUAUUUAUAACACAGUGAUAUUCAUAUAUUGUAUUAUUCUGUUUUUUUUUCACUGUGCUAGUGAUGAUAGUAAUGUAGUAGUCUUUACCUUUUUUUGAGAAAUCAAAAUUUAUUCCAGUUUAUUGUAAUUCCAUCAACUUAUUUUUUUUUCUGCUUCUCAGAUACACUUCUGUAUGUUAAUAAAUAUAUCUUGUAAAGCAUA